AAAGGCCAUUGGAGGGCCCCAUGGCCCCAACGGUGCCCACAAGGAGGGCAUGAGGUGGCUGGCAGGCUGCUGAGCGCCUCUGGAGACUGACAUCCCCCCACCCCAUCUCCACAAUGUCCCAGGUGCCCUCCCACAGACAGCAGGAUGACAAGUCCUACCUCCAUUCAGCAGCCUCGCUCAGCACCUUGAACAGCGACCCUGGUAGCACCCAAUUGGACAUGCCAGAGCCUUUGGGCACCAGGGUCAACGUCUGUGGGGCCCUGCCCUCCCCCGUCCACACUCGCAGGGUCAGCAUCCAGGAGCCUCUGCCUUCCCCCCUCCACAUGCGCAGAGUCAGCAUCCAGGAGCCUCUACCCUCCUCCCUCCACAUGCGCAGGGUCAGCAUCCAGGAGCCUUCGCCCUCCUCCCUCCACACGCGCAGGGUCAGCAUCCAGGAGCCUUCGCCCUCCUCCCUCUAUUCACGCAGGGUCAGCAUCCAGGAGCCUUCCGCCUCCUCCCUCUACACGCGCAGGGUCAGCAUCCAGCAACGUUCGCCCUCCUCCCUCUAUACGCGCAGGGUCAGCAUCCAGGAGCCUUCCGCCUCCUCCCUGUACACACGCAGGGUCAGCAUCCAAGAACCCAGCCACUCUCGCAGGGAGCCCAUGCUGGCCCACCUGCACCAGUACCUUGCUGAGGACAAGCUGAAAAUGAGUCACAGUAGCCAGGUCAACCCCAAGAACCCAGAGCCCUUGGCCCCACUCAGGCCACUUAGCACAGCCAACAUAUCUCACGGGAGCCUCAGCUGCCAACUGGGCCUCCACGACAUCUCUUCCAAGCUCUUCCACCAUCGCUUCAGCAGCCUUGAAAGCCCAAUAAGUAUCUUCACAAGCUCCAUGAUGCUGUCCCACAUGGAUUCCACGAUCCUCAGCAUUGAGAACAAUGACCAAAGCCAAGGGACCUCCACCAGCCACGGCUGGAGCUUGAGUCUGCAGACCCUCCCCUUCAGGUCCAGAAUGGAGGAACCCAACUCCCUGACAGGCAGCCAGACGAGCAGCACCAAAAGCCUAGAGUCCAGCAUAAGAGACGCCCAGAGGAUGUCCAAAACGUCCAUGGUCAGCGAGGAGUUCAGUGAAACCUCCCUGGACCACAGGUUCAGCACCACCACAGGCUACGCAUCUGAGUAUGGGCAGUGGCCCAAGCACAGAUCCUCACAGCUGACCCUCAGCUGGUGGCUGCUGCACGAAGCCAAGAAAAUCAGCCGCCAGGUGAGCCUGGUGCUGUGUCUGCUGGGCAUGGUGGUCCUGGGGCUCAUCUCGCUCAGCCAGCCCUGGGUCCACUUCAACGUGCCGCUGAUGCCCCCCGGGCUCCCCAAGGAAGUGAAGUACAUUCCCAUCGACACUGUCCUCUUCGUGGAGUGCCCUGACACGUCCUGCUUACAUGAAUACGACCAGAAUGCUUACUUGCUGGACUUCUCCUGGGCCUUCAUCUUCCUCGCCAGCAUCUGCAGCAUGUUCCUCUUCAUCAUCCUCGUCAACGUCACCUUCUUCACCAGCUCCAGCGUGCCUAUGCUAGACUUCUCCAAUGUCAUCAUCAGCUUCCUCACAGUGACCAGCAUUAUCCUGGGCAUCCUGUUCUACCUGCUGCAGGCCAGGAACUACCUGCAGGAGGGCAUGACCCACGAACUGGGGCCCAGCUUCUACCUCGCCUGGAGCGGUGUCUUACUGUUCCUGUUGACAGGUUUAUUUUCCUACCUCAACUACAUGAACUUCUGGUCCAUCCUCGCACUCCACGCCAUCUGGGUCUAGGAUCGGGAUGACAUUCCUUGGGUUCCCGCCACGGGUUUCUCUGCCAAGAGCCCACCACCCAAACCCCAAGAAACUUGGCCUUUUGCAAUUCCCUCUGAAUCCCCCCCCCAAAGUGAAGAAUCUGUGUCUCCCCC